AUGGACCAGACAGACCCCACUUAUCCAGAGCGACCCUCCAAACGCGUGAGGCAGGCCUGUGAGCCAUGCAGGCGCAAGAAAGCAAAAUGCCCCGGUGAGCAACCUGUUUGCUCGCUCUGUGCUAGACUCAGGCAGCAAUGCGUUUACGCGGAAGAGAGGCGUCGGCCAGCUCCAGAGGAAGCAUCGAGGAGCGACAGUGUAGCUCUACCGGCAUCGCACACAUUGGAGGACAGGUUAAAAAGCCUAGAAGGCAAACUUGGAGCUGUCCUUGAUCAUCUUGGCUCCAAUUCAAGGAAUGGAUCUUCAGAUUCUCUCAUUCCAGUUAUGGGACCACCCGCGACAAGCUUCUCGGCUGUCUUGCCGCCCUGGGAUGAAAUUAUGCCCAUUGCAGAGUUGUAUCUGUUAUACUGCGAUUCUCAGCCACUGCCUCUAUUCCACCGGAGCAGCUUUUUGGCCAGUCUUCCUACACGUGAUGUCGAAAUCAUUUAUGCGAUCUUCGCCUUGACUCUCCGUUUUUCGGAUACAUAUCAUAAUAGCCGGGAUCUGACGGAGCAGGUCAAUGGCUAUGCAGAAGUCGCACGCGGUCUCGUCAUGAAACGAGUUUCGGAAGGGCCAGUUGAAGUAUCAACACUCCAGUGCUUAUGCUUGCUGAGCCUGGUCGACUUUACCAAUGGCAAUACGCAUCGCUCGAGCAUUCACAGCAGCCUUGCCAUGAAUUUGGCCCAGUGCGCUAAUCUUGGCAUGGAGACUCGUCCUCCAUCAGACCCAAUAGUUCGGGAAGAGCGCCGGCGUUGCUUCUGGAGUAUAUGUCUCCUUAAGCGCCUGCAUGGCGGGGAAUUUUCGACUCUUGACUCCCUAGAAGUGGGUGGUCCACAAUAUCCGCAAAGCCCAUCAAGACCUCCAAGGAUUAUGUCACCCGGGCCAUCAAAUUCAGGGACUCGAAGGAGCACGAUCCAGGAUCAGGGAAUUAAUGCAUAUGUGAUAAUGCUUAGCGAGGCAUUUGCCCGGACUGCGAAAUACGUGCAGCUCCGAGGAAGACCCAGCAAUGUCCCGCCGUGGUCCCCCGACUCCGAGUACUCCAAAAUCCUCGCUAUACAGAUGGAAAUGGAAACACGCAUGCCUCUAAAACAUCGAUACAAACCUGCAAACCUCAGCGACAGGUCGUUGGAAGAACUCCAAGCUCAUCGGGACCUACGCACGUUCCGAAGUACCAUCCCAGAAAUUUUCCUGCAACAUACCUCGGACCUUAUCUCCUCACACACAACCUGGAUCAUCCACUUCAUCAACUACUUCGAAGAAAAGUCAUUCCUAGUCUCAGACCCUUUACUGGGCUACAGCGCCGCAGUAGUAGCAACCAUCGAGCUCCAGCUAAGCUUCACCGACAACCCCACAAUCCGGCAACAAAAGCGCGAAAGAUUCACCCAAUGCGUGCAAUUUGUCCAAAGAAUCGGUCAGAGAUGGCCGCACAUGGCCCGGCUAGCGCGACGACUCCAACACCUCGAAGACGCCGUCUCAGCAACCUACCAACCAGACCCAGACACAGAGAACCAAAGCCUCCUCAUCGACUUAUCCCGCUUCUGGGAGAUCCUAGAAUACUCAUCCAAUAAUGACACAGACUCUGCACGUCGCUUAUUCGGCGACUCUCUUUGUUCCGGCCCGCCGCCUGUAGCCGCGGAGGUCUCGCAGACCUCGCCUCUACCCGCCCCGAGCCGAUUGAAUGCGUCGGAUGAGCAUCCUUCGUCGGCGGUACAGCAGCAGAGCUUCGGAACAGGUACGGGGGCGGGGCCGGAUACUGCAUUUACAGGGACACAGGAUUAUUCAACAAGUGGGCUACUCUCGCCGCAGCAAUUGACGUUGUCGAAUGAUGACUUUUCAAUCCUGGCGUCAAAUUUCUUUUCACAGGGGCAGGAAUUCCUGAGGAGUGGAGAAAAUUGGGAUUCUGUUGGGAAUUUCUGA